AUGGCCUCGGCCCCGACACCGGCACCCUUUCCAAAUCAACGCUUGCUUCCUCAUCUCUCCAGCACCAACAUCGGAGCCGCCAUCGAUCUUGCUACUAUUUCUGCCAUCUCGUCAAAUACUUUUUCCAUCCCUACCUUGUCCUCGCCGAUACCUUGGCAAAGGGCGACCCAACCUCGCCUCAUGUCGUCCACCCAAUCCUUGGCCCCAAACCCAAAGGCCUACAACACACUCGCCUCCGCAUACAGCAAACGCAAUGGAACCGCCAACACAGCAACCACUUUGCCUACAGCCUUGGGCUCUGACGAAGCGCUGACUCAAGCAUAUGCAGCUCGCCCUCUGCCGCAGCACAUGCCAUCGCAUACCGGAGUCGAACCAUUGCGCAGUCGAGUCUAUGGUUUGACCACCGACCUGCGAGAAACCAGGGCAAACCCAGCCAACGCCAACACGCCAGCACUCGACGAUGCCACCAAGAUGGCACGUCUGCUCAACCAGCAAAAACCCAACUUCAGCGUCGAGGUGAUUGCAAGUUCAUUCGACCACCGUGGCUAUCCCGUCCUCUCAGGUCGAGCUGCUACCGUGCGCGGUGUCGUUCGCAUGCCUGCCACCAAAGGCUGCGAUGUGAUGAUGACCAUCUCUGCACACACCACUUCUGGUUCGCCAGCAGCCGUAUGGCAAGGUACCGCUCUGGCGCCAUGGUCGACAGGAGGUGAAAAGACGGUUUUCGAAACUCAGGACCGCCUCGUCGCCAACUACGAUCUCGUACGUCCACCUGCUGCUUACGCGCCAAACAACCAAGAAUCUGCGGAUCAAGAUGAUCUGAUUCUACCAAUCCCUUUCCAGGUGCAACUGCCGCUGGGUAAAGCGACACGUCUCAUUGACGGCGAGAUGCAGGCCGUUCCCGUCUCGCUCCCGCCAAGUUUCGAGAUGAGCUCCAAGCACGCUGCUCAGGAGAAGCGAGACAUUCGUCUUGCUACAAAGGGCAAAGCCAAAGGUCCAAUGGCGAGGGAGCUUAUGGAGAAGGGCUUCGAAAAGGUUUACAGAAUUGGAUGCUACUACCAGGUUACCUGGACUCUUUUCCGUCCCAGCAGUGACAAGUCGAAAAAGUCAUUGAGCAAGUCAGGCAAAGACACGGUCGCUGAGGGUGACUCUUUGACAUUGCCCUUCAUCUUCCUGGGCGAGCCAACGACAAUGCCUCCUCACCCACCUACCUUGCCCUCCAUCAUCAGUCCGGAUGUGUUCCUGGAGCCAAACGCGACACUAGGCGACCAGUGGACUGUUCACCGUUCGCAAGCAAAGUGGACAGGCUCAUUGCUCAAAACAUCACCAAGGACGCUCGAUAUAGAGCUGCAUAUUCCCAACCCACCUGUCAUCCAGGCACCUUCUGUGUUACCCAUCAUGGUCGUCUUGCGACCCACCGACCCCACUUUACUCUCGCAAAUUCGAACACGUGCGCUAAGCGAGACUUUGACCACGCCAGGAUCGCCAGCUGUCACCCAAAUGGGCGACCCGAUCGAGAUGGUCACUUUACCUGGCAUGUCUUCCAGCGGAUCGACAGUGGCAUCACCUCCACCGCAGCAUCAACACUAUCAGCAUCAACACUAUCAGCAUCAACACUAUCAGCACUAUCAGCAAUAUCAGCACUAUCAGCAUCAGCAGCAGCAGCAGCAGCAGCAGCAGCAGCAGCAACGCGACCCCGAAACUGAAUCGAUCAAGACGACACGCAGCACUUUUUCCAAAUUGAUCAAGCCUUCCAUGAGUUUGGCUCGACUGCCAGGAUCCUUAUCCCGCAAAGGUGGAUCCAGCAUCUUCCGCGGUCGACGUCCCAACACAGCACCCAGCUCUGGCAGCUCCGAUACUGGCUUCACUGAUGCCAUGACUGAUAGGACCUUUGUAGCUGCAGGUGCCAUGCCAGAUCUUGUCAGCUUGGUGUGCGUUUCGCUGAUUCAGACAACCUUUAGCAGCAACGACAAUGUCAACGAUGGACCCGAGCAUCGCAGGAAAUUGUUGUCCGUAGCAGACCUGGAAGAAGUGGAUGUGCAUGCUUUGCUGCUCAACUCGGACUCUUCUGGCAGUCAGUCCGGAUCUCGACCUGGUUCCAGCCGAUCACCGGAUGAGAUGAUGCAGAUUAAUCAAGCAGCCGCAGCAGCUCGAGCUGCAGGUCUCAGGGUGCUUGUUGGCAACCUUAAGGUGGCAGGCACCACUCCACCUAGUUUCCGCUGUCAUGGGCUCGAAGUCAAGUACGCGCUCAAAGUGGAUCUCUUGCCCGCCAACAGGUAUAGUAGAGGCGAUGGCGUAGAAAAGGCGUUGCGUAAUUUGGGUAUUGGUGGUCGAAGUCGUGGAUUCUCAGAUGGCAUAAGUACUACUGCUUCAAUGCACACCCAGACACAGUUUACUUGCUUAUCAGGUGAGGCGGCGAGCAGUCCACCUACUACACCGCCUAAUGUCAUGUCUCCUUCUCUCUUCGGCUCUCGUUGGCCGGGUGUGGGUGUGGGUGUGGGUGUGGGUGUGGGUGUGGGUGUGGGUGUGGGUGUGGAUUCGCAGCAGCAGCAGUCUCGUCCAGCCCUCGCCAGGCGCACCUCCUCCCCUCUUAGUGGAAGCGGCAAGGGCAUCAACAAUACGCAGAAUGUAGGAAUGGCUAUUUCGACUAACGAGGAAAGUGCAGUCCCUACCGAAUUGCCUGAAGCACAAGAAAUUCUUUCGCCUCGAAUGCAAGCCUCUUGCCGUACUCCACUUGCACCUUAUCCGAACGCAUACCCGCAGCAGCAGUCGAUGGGAGCAGGUAGAAGCACCCCGUCAGUGUACGGUUCAGGCAUGUCGAGCGCCGCCUCGAUGAGAACCGGCUGGGGAAGCGGUCAUUCGAUUUCCGAAGCUUCUCAUAUGCAAAGCAGUAUCUACAUGUCAGAAUGGGGUCGGGAUAGGAAAACGGUUUCCAAGAUCAACAAGACGAUUGGAGAGAUGUGGCUCGAUGUUAGGCUUGUUAGAGGUUAUGGCGCCUACUAA